AACAGUGCUGAGUAAGGGAGAGACAAGGAAAGACGCCUGCAUGAAGACUGAGCUGCUGAAAGAUAUCACCAACAACAAAGAGGAAGGGUUUAAUGCCAUGGCUGCGGAUGAAAGUGCUGCAGAAAAGCAAGCGGGGGAACCAAAAAUGGCAGUAGAUGGUGAAACCAACGGUUCCUGUGAGCACAGCGAAGCUGGUAGCCACCCAAACCCAGCUAAAAACACUCAGGACAAUACGAAAGUGAGCCAGCAGGACUCUAGUACUAAAUUAAAUAGGAUAGCAGAAAAUGGCAUUUCUGAACGAGAUGGCGAGACUGGGAAGCAAAACCAUAUGAAAGCUAAUGACUUCACACAGACUUCUGUAACAGGGAGCAAUGGAUAUAUUCUAACCAAGCAGAUGGCACAGGAGCAACCUCUAAGGACUACCAGCACCUUUGCUUCUCUCACCGGCCAUGCUGCAAAAACCCUUCCAGGAGGAGCAAGCAAAGGGAGAACUGUGGGCUCCUUUUCUCAGAUGCAAGCCACGAUGCCAGCCAAGCUCGGAGAGGGCAGUAAGGACAUGGAUGCUAAAAAAGCCACUGCUGCUAACGCUGAAGUCAAGGUCCACAGAGCACGGAAGACAAUGCCUAAACCCACCCCUAGCCUGGAGUUGCUUCCUGAAUUGGGAUCGAAGCUGAAUCUGAAACAGCAUGCAAGUAAAGACCCCAAAGAUGGGAGAGACAGCAGAGAUCAUAAAGAAUCCAAGGAGGAAGGCAACAAAAACGUCCUGGAGUUUGGGAAGCCGUUGCCGUUGCCCUCUCUCCCGGGCCUUCACCAGUCACUACCUCAGAACCAGAGCUAUGUGGCCACCACGAAGUCGCAGACGGCUGCUGCAGUAUCUCGGAAGAAAAAACGGAGAAUGGGAACCUAUAGCCUGGUUCCCAAGAAAAAGACCAAAGUGUUAAAACAGAGAACAAUGAUUGAGAUGUUUAAGAGCAUAACUCAUUCCUCUGCGGGUGCCAAGAGUGAAAAGGACCUGGGUGAUGGCAGCCCUCACAUCAACGGGGAAAGCAUAGAUGUAGACUCUGAAGAGGAGGACUCUGAUGAGUUGGAAGAGGAAGAUGAUCAUGGAGCAGAACAGGCAGCUGUGUUUCCUGCAGAUGAUAACAGGACCUGUAAAGACAGCGCGUCCGAUGCAGACAACACCAGAAAGAUUGAUGAUGUCGAGUCUGAGGAGGAACAGGAGUCUGGAGAGUCUGGGGAGGAGGAGGAAGAUGGAGAUGAGUCUGACUUGAGCUCGGAGUCCAGCAUCAAGAAGAAGCUGCUGAAGAGGAAAGGAAAGACGGACAGUCCAUGGCUGAAACCCACCCGCAAGAGGAGACGGAGGAAUAAAAAGAAACAAGCCAGUGUGUUAGGUGCCGAAGCCUAUAAACCAUCGUUGGGAGGCAGAGGGGGCCCCGGCCAGGAGAACAGCAUGGAGUACAUGGAGGUGUCCCUGGAUUCCCUGGAUCUGCGGGUGGAGGGGAUCCUCUCCCCACCGGCGGGAGGUCUUUCCAAUGGUCCUGAAGCAAUGGAAGUAGAUGGUCUUCAGGAAGUCCCCCUCUGUAGCUGUCGAAUGGAAACCCCCAAAAGCAGAGAAAUCACCACGCUAGCCAACAACCAGUGCAUGGCCACGGAGAGCGUGGAUAAUGAGGGCACUUUCAUGGAGUGUCAGCCGGAGAGCAGCAUCUCCCACCGUUUCCACAAGAAUUGUGCCUCCCAGGUCAACGACAUGAGCUACUGCCCACACUGCGGGGAAGAGGCCUCCAAGGCAAAGGAGGUGACAAUAGCAAAAGCAGACACAACCUCGACGGUGUCGCUGACCUACGAGCAGCAGAAACCAGCGGCUGUGGAGGGAAGGGCUGACACCACAACGGGGAGUGGCACUGGGACGCGGUUGUCAGAGGAAGACAAGCCAGAAAGUUCGGCUGCUGAGGGGUUUGACAUGGCUGGGUCUUCAGUUUUUCCAAAGCCUACUACUAGCCUGACCCAGGGACCAGUUAAAGAAACUCUGGAAAGUGCCCUGAUUGCCCUGGACUCUGAAAAACCGAAGAAGUUACGGUUCCAUCCGAAGCAGUUGUACUUCUCUGCGAGGCAAGGAGAGCUGCAAAAAGUCCUGCUUAUGUUGGUGGAUGGAAUUGACCCUAAUUUUAAAAUGGAGCAUCAGAGUAAGAGAACCCCUCUCCAUGCUGCCGCCGAGUCUGGCCACGUGGACAUCUGCCAUAUGCUGAUUCAGGCUGGUGCUAAUAUAGACACCUGCUCUGAAGACCAGAGGACCCCACUGAUGGAAGCAGCAGAAAACAACCAUCUGGAAACUGUGAAAUACCUUAUCAAGGCUGGAGCACUAGUAGAUCCUAAGGACGCGGAGGGCUCCACGUGUCUGCACUUGGCUGCCAAGAAGGGACACUACGAUGUUGUUCAGUACCUCCUCUCCAACGGGAAGAUGGAUGUCAACUGCCAGGACGAUGGAGGCUGGACACCGAUGAUCUGGGCCACCGAGUACAAGCAUAUUGAGCUGGUGAAGCUGUUGCUUGCCAAGGGGUCGGACAUCAACAUCCGUGACAACGAGGAAAAUAUUUGUUUGCACUGGGCUGCUUUUUCUGGCUGUGUUGACAUAGCGGAGAUACUGCUGGCUGCUAAGUGUGAUUUACAUGCAGUGAAUAUUCACGGGGACUCACCCCUGCAUAUUGCAGCCAGAGAGAACCGCUACGAGUGUGUCGUUCUCUUUCUUUCCCGCGGCUCGGAUGUCACUUUAAAGAACAAGGAGGGUGAGACUCCACUCCAGUGCUCCAGCCUUAACUCUCAGGUCUGGGUGGCCCUACAGAUGAACAAGACUCUCAAAGAAUCAUCUGCUGACAAGCCUGCCCAGAUAGAGAAGGUCGUGAGCAGGGACAUUGCCCGGGGUUAUGAGCGGAUCCCGAUUCCCUGCGUCAAUUCAGUGGACAGCGAGCCUUGUCCUAGCAACUACAAAUAUGUUUCACAGAACUGCGUCACCUCCCCGAUGGACAUUGAUAGAAACAUCACUCAUUUACAGUAUUGCGUAUGUAUAGAUGACUGCUCCUCCAGUAACUGCAUGUGUGGCCAACUCAGUAUGCGCUGCUGGUAUGAUAAGGAUGGCCGACUCCUGCCUGAAUUCAACAUGGCUGAGCCGCCACUGAUCUUCGAGUGUAAUCACGCGUGCUCGUGCUGGCGGACCUGUAGGAACCGGGUGGUGCAGAAUGGGCUCAGGACUCGAUUGCAGCUUUAUCGGACACAAAAGAUGGGUUGGGGUGUGCGAACAAUGCAAGACAUUCCACUGGGAACCUUUGUGUGCGAGUACGUCGGUGAGCUGAUAUCCGAUUCUGAGGCAGACGUCCGUGAAGAGGACUCCUACCUCUUCGACCUUGACAACAAGGACGGAGAGGUGUACUGCAUAGAUGCCCGUUUCUAUGGCAACAUCAGCCGUUUUAUAAACCACCUCUGCGAGCCAAACCUCAUCCCGGUGCGAGUCUUCAUGUCGCAUCAGGACCUCCGCUUUCCCAGGAUCGCCUUCUUCAGCACGAGGCAUAUAGAAGCUGGAGAAGAAAUCGGCUUUGACUACGGAGACAGGUUCUGGGACAUCAAAGGCAAAUACUUCAGCUGUCAGUGCGGUUCACCCAAGUGCAAACACUCGAGCUCAGCGCUGGCCCAGAGGCAGGCGAGCACCUCGUCCCAGGACGUGCAGGAAAAUGGGCUCCCCGACACCAGCUCCGCCACAGCAGCCGGCCCCUUUUGAGGCUCCGCUCCCCAGAGACUGACUUGUUUUAACCCUAUAGAUUCACAUAUGGUCUGAAUUUCCAUUUAAAGAGA